GAUUAUCGAUUAUGUACACCUAGAAGCGUCUAAACUGCUGGAAGAAGAAGAAGAAGAUUAUCGGUCCAAAGUUCAACUUAAUAACACCAUCCAAUGGACGCGGUGACAGGAGGAGCAUCAUGUCUUUGAAAAAGUUUUCCUGCAGAGUUUUGUGUAAACUUUUGAGCCCCGGUGUCGCCUCGUGCACACCGAUCAGUGCACGAGCAGCAGCCGACGUCGCGCGGGGAUGGGGCUCCGCGCGUGGCUACUACAAACCCGGGUACACCGGGCCGGGUGGGGCGGCUCACUCCCGGGUAGUGGACCUCCGCAGCGACACGGUGACCAAGCCCGGGCCGGCGAUGAGGCAGGCAAUGGCGGAGGCCGAGGUCGGAGAUGACGUGAUGGGAGAAGACCCGACUGUUAACGAGUUACAGAAGAUUGCAGCUGAUAUGUUUCAGAUGGAGGCCGCGCUGUUCGUUCCCUCUGGAACAAUGAGUAAUCUCAUCGCAGUGAUGGUGCACUGCAGGGAGCGUGGCGACGAGAUGAUCGUGGGCGACCUGUCCCACUUACACAUCUACGAGCAAGGAGGGAGCGCACAGCUGGCCGGUGUCCACGCCACCACAGUAACCACCCUCCCCGAUGGAACGUUUGACUUGGAGCAGCUGGAGUCGAAGAUCCGCCACGGUUACCCCGACCCCCACUACCCCCGAUCUCGCCUCAUAUCUCUAGAGAACACCCACAACAUACAGGGAGGACGUGUGCUACCUCUGACCUUCCUGCAGGAGGUUCGCGCUUUAGCCGAUAGAUACGGUCUGUCAGUUCACAUGGACGGAGCCAGGGUGAUGAACGCCGCCGUGGCCCAGGGGGUUCCUCCGUCCACCAUACUGCAGCACACACACACCGUCAGUGUGUGCCUCUCAAAGGGUUUGGGGGCCCCAGUGGGAACUAUACUAGCUGGACCCCAAGACUUCAUAUCCCGGGCAGUUCGGUGCCGUAAGGCCCUGGGUGGGGGGCUACGGCAGGCCGGUAUAUUAGCCGCAGCGGGAAAACUGUCUUUACUGGAGAUGGUGGGAAGACUGGAGGAGGACCACCGCAAUGCUAGGACCUUUGCUCAAGCUCUGCUCGACUGCGACCCUCCUGUGUUCGCGGUGGACAUGGCCGCCGUGGAGACCAACAUCCUGCGUUUCCGUCUAAAGGAGCCCGGUUUGAGUCCCUCCGAGUUUUGUGCCCGCAUGGGUCAGGUCGGCGAGGGAGAGGAGGCGGCGCUGGGACAGGGGAUACAAGUUCUCAUGUACCCCCAUUUUGGAAAUUCGGUACGGGCUGUAUGGCAUCUUGGGAUAUCCCCUGAGGACACACAGCUCGCCGUCCAGAAAAUGCAAUUUGUGGCUUCUCGGUAUUUGCAGGAAAAAGUCAGCGCCCAGUGAAACCUGAUACUUCCCAAGAUGAUCUAAUCUAAUCACCAGGACUGAUCAAUGGAAAUUUUUUGGGGUAUAUUUUAUUAUAGCGACCGGAUGUAAACCGGGGACGCUGCGGUUCAUGGAUGGCGAUCUAACCUCGAGACCACCAGACCGCCCUUGUUCCUUUUAGUUUAAUUGGAAUACUCUCUGAAUUUGAGCAGCGUACUACUGUCUUCAGGGAUUUGUAUUCAUGUUUUUAUAGGCCUUGAAAUGCUCGUACAAGAACAUUUUAUGCCAAAGUUUUGGUUAUUUCAACUAUUUCAACUUUAAAUCUUACCUAUUUAAUCUUUAAAUUUAAUUUAAAAAAUGUAUAGUUAUGGAGAUGCAGCCAGCGAUCAUCAAGCCACAAGAUGGCACUGAUGUAUCAGUCCCUGCUACGUAGUGACUGCAGGCAGAAGCUGACAGGAGGAAAAGCCUGUUUUUUGUUUCCUUUAUAAAUCUUUUUCUUUCCGGUUUCUAAUUUUUGAAAUUUUUUAUUGCUGAUAUUCAAUGAUAUGUAAAGCAAAUACAGUGUAAAUUAGGAUGGUGAUUUAUAGGAUUGUCACUUUUUUUAUGUAAAAUCCCUAAACUGAAACAAAUUAAACCGAAGUCCUUCACUUGA